AUGGUCGAGCGGGCGCCAGUAAUUCUUCCACUUGUUCAGAUUCUGUUAUUACCAGCAAAAUUCAAACUGACGAAAAAGAUCACCAAGUUUACUACUGUAGAAUACAAGGCUUUGGUUACAAACAUUCAAAAUCACCAUCUCUGGAUGAAAUCCACAUUCCGUCAAUCUCGUGGAAGCUGGCUGAUGCUGUUCCAGGAUCCACUUGAGGAAAGCUUUAGAAGGAGAAGUUACUCUAGGUUUAUGGCUUUAUAUGGCUACUGCCAUGCAGUUCCACCGAAAAUCCCAACGAACAGGUCCUAUAACGAUUUUCUCCGAAUUAAUGGAAAUAGGAAAUAA